CGUCGGUUAAAGAGUCUCCCAAAACAACAACCGCGAUAAUUUAUGUAACCCAGUGUUUAUCUGGAACAAAGCUAUCAGUAAAAUUAUAUUUAAAAAAAUGCCGUGUGGUAAACGUUUCAGAAGAAGAAAGGAAUCUUCAGACGAAGAAGAUGCGGAUGAGACGACGGAAGAAGUCCGAAUGAAAAUGGAAGAGGCCAAAGAGCUUCAGAGUUUAAGGAAACGACAAAAAGGAGUCAGCGUGACUGCCUUAUUGGUUGGAGAAAAACUUCCGCCAGAAGCUGAAAUUGAUAAUGAUCCUUUCAAGCUGAAGACUGGAGGGGUGGUAGACAUGAAGAAAGUGAAGGACAGGAAUAGAGAUAUGACAGAAGACGAGACAGACCUCAACCUGGGCACGUCAUUUUCAGCUGAGACUAACAGAAGGGAUGAGGAUGCAGACAUGAUGAAGUACAUAGAGACCGAGUUAAAAAAGAAGAAAGGCAUGGUGGAGGCCGAGGAGCAAAAAGUGAAAGUGAAAAAUGCGGAGGACCACCUGUACGAACUGCCAGAAAACAUCCGAGUCAACUCUGCCAAGAAAACAGAGGAGAUGCUGUCCAAUCAGAUGCUGAGCGGGAUCCCAGAGGUUGAUCUUGGAAUCGAUGCAAAAAUCAAAAACAUUAUCCAGACAGAGGAGGCCAAAGCCAAGCUUCUGGCAGAACAAAGGAACAAGAAAAAAGACCUCGGCACAUCGUUUGUUCCAACAAACAUCGCUGUUAAUUACGUCCAACACAAUCGCUUCUAUCAUGAGGAUGCAAAUGCACCACAGAGACACCACAGACACAAGGAGGAGCCCAAAGCGAGACCACUGCGUGUGGGCGACACGGAGAAACCAGGCCCAGAAGCUCCAUCACCACCAAACCCCCGCAAACGCCCAAACAACGAGAAGGCCACAGACGACUACCACUAUGAGAAGUUUAAGAAGAUGAACCGAAGAUACUGAGCUGCGUUGGUUUUGGAAUUACAGUACACGUGGUUCCAUCUAGUUUGAGUCACAGUGACUGUGUGAGAACUGGUUGACCUAAAGCCAAUAAUGGCACAAUCAUGUCGGAUCCUGUAAUUAUUGUACAAAGCCUCCAAACAGUAAUAUGUAAUGUGCUAGAGUUACUCAGCUGAAUACAUCACGUGAUAAAGAUGUAUCAAAGAAAGCAGGAAGUGCUCAGUAAAGAGUGAUGUAUCAGCCAGAGAGCUCUGCUGUGUGUCAGCUCUAACUUAACAAUAGUGAAAACAAAAAGAACCGUUUGCUUCUUAGGUCUACUUGAUUCAAUAGUAAAAUGUAUUUUUUAUAUAUUUGUUUCUUGGCUAAUUGUAAGUUUAAAGAGCAAAAUGUCCAAGGAGCUUAUGGAUUCAAUUAUUUGCAAAACAUUUCCCAUGACCAAAAUUAGUAAUUCAAGCUAUAAAUUUGUUAAACGUUUCUGUUCCUUAAAUAAAUUUGAUAAUUAAAAGGCUUGAGGCCUCACUGUAAGCUCUUAAUUUAUCAUGCAUAAUUAAAGUUUGCUACUAUA